UUCCAAAAUAUUCUAUUCACUAUUCAGACGCAGAGAUUUUGAACAACAAUAAGCCAAAAGUCAACAGAAACGGUGGAGAACACUAACGCCCGUCAACCGUCCGUUCAAUUGCUCAAAGUAGAGUCACCUCCUGCUCUGCUGUGCUGGUCCACAAUCCAUAAGCUUCAGCACUGCAGCUGUGCUUUUAUAAUUGAUGAUGAUUGAGGCAAAAAUUGACGGCAACGUCAACUGACGGACAACCACCAGACAGCAGACCAUCUCCCAUGCCUUUUCGUCGUCGUCGUCGUCCUCCUCCUGAUUCCUUCUUCUUUUAAGUAUUACUUUUACUGCUACUUACCAGAAGAGUUGAUAAAUACAGCUCUAUUUUCUCACUCUAGAUGCUUCACAAUUUUCUACCAAGCUGUAAAAUUCCUCCAGGUCCAGUUGUUUAGGAUAGAUGGGUUGAUUCUUUAGCCAGAUUAUAUGCCCUUGAAUUGACUCAAUGGGGGACUUGACUUCGGGUUCUAGCUCAUUCAGGACUGUAGCAACAGAUUCUACUAGUGGCAUGAAGAAGUCAACAGGGCGUUUGAUUGCUUCUAGCCAUAAAUCUUGUUCACAUCAAUCUCUGCAGAGAAUUCCCUUCCGAAACCAGUUGCUAAGCAACGAGAAUUUGGGGCGGGUAGCUGGUAACCCAGUUGCGUCAUUUUUACUUAAAGCUGCUGCAUUAGAGGUUGUGCGGAGGUUUUCAAAGGCCAGGUGUCCGUUUGUCUGGUCCACUUUGCAGGCUCUGCAAGUUGUUUGUUAUCCACCAUUUAAGUGGAUAGAGAGGUGGAACCCAUUUAGAGCUUUGGUUAAAGGGAUGCAGAUGCUGUCGCGGCCUUUACUGGUAAUAUCCCUUGCAACAGCCUUGUCUGAUGGUUCAGGAUGCAAAGUUGAUACCUUGGAUAAUGAAGAUCCUCCUCGCACCAGUGAAUCUACCUCAUUAGAUUCCCCUUCAGAUAUAUCCUCUGUGCAGUCUGCUCCCAGUAUGAGUAUUGGUGGUGAUGGGUCUGAAAAUCUAUCUUCUAAAACUUGGUUGCUUCUGCUCUAUAAAGAACUUCAACUUCAGGGGAUAACUUUACCUGAAAGAAUUGAUGAGGAGGAGCUUCAUAGAUUCUAUGAGACCGCGAAUGGAAAUUUUCCACGCUUUCUAUCAUUAGUGAAGAAAACAAUCUCUUGGAGGAAGAACUACCGAAUUCUGUCAGAACAAGAACUUAAAAUGUGGUCAAGUAUGGUCUUCUGGCAUGGAGUUGAUAAAAAACAUCAACUUUGCCUUAUUGUCCGCCUUGGAUUGGCUUGCAUGAGCGUGCCAUUAUCUGACAGACCUCGAUUUUCUCAGGCAGUUGUUUCUCAGGUGGAAUAUGGAGUUCUCCAUCUAAUGGACAAUGAACAUUCUCGAAUUACUGUCUUGGUGGACUGUGAAGGCUUGUCACCUCUCAAGUUUCCCAUGCAAAUGUCAUUAACCUGUUGCAAUAUUCUGCAAGAGCACUUCCCAAAGCGUCUAGGCUGCAUAUAUGUCCUACGACUUCCCCUAGUUGCUCGAGUCAUUGCACAAACUUUUAUCCAGUUUCUCAAACCUGGAACCAGACAAAAGCUGAAAAUUCUUGGAGAGAUGUACCAAGAGGCUCUUUCCAAUUGCAUUGAGACACUCCCGUCAUGUCUUGGUGGGUUAUGCACAUGCUUGACAUGUUCCAGGCUUGACAUCUGCAAUCGGCAGCAGCCCUGUAUUACUGAAUCCAAUUGGGGUGAAUCAUUUGCAAAUAUAACAAGUGAGGAUGUUCUGCCGGCACUUGAUCCAACUUAUGACACUGAUAUUCUCUUAAGCGCCAGUGGUGAACAAUUAUUGAGAAAAGCUGUAGUUGGAAUUCUCAUAUUCUGGGUGUUGAUUGCUUUCUUUGCCGGAGUAUAUGCAUCUUGAAAGCAGACCAGUUUUAAACUUGAGGUGAGAUCAGACCAUACCCCGUUUUAGUCAACUCUUAACAGUUGUUUUAAUAGUUGGUAUUAUUUGUAAUCUGCUCCCAGAGAAGUUUUUGUAAUUCUGCAUUGUAAAAUAUUCUCAUAAAAAAAAACAUGAAUAAGCAGGUUAUUGUUCAUGUUAUUAGUGGAGUUGGUCAGAAACCCCACUAGAUAUUCUUUUGGCCAUUCUUUGAUUUGGGAGUGCAUAUAUGUUGGUUCCAGGGUAACUAGAAAUUCUACAUAUUGAUUCUGGUAUGGUCA